AUGGCUAAUGGUGAUACCACGCGUCCGCCUUCUCAGUCAUCUUCCUCCUUUUGCCGUUUACAUUUUGUACUAAAGCACCGACGAAAUACUCAGUCCGCCGUUAUCAACCAAAUGAUAGUGUCGCCCAUCGGUAGCUUCCUUUUAGCUGGACUCCUCGUCCUCUCUCUGCCUUUGUUAUCAGUGGAUUCCCACAAUCCCCAACAGAACUUAGGGUUUUGCGGCGAACAAGACGAUACAGUCGUCCAGAUGGCUACUCUCGGAGGCGUCCGCGACACCAAAGCUGACAUCGACUCCCUUUCCCGCUUUGCUGUCGACGAGCACAAUCGCAAACAGAAUGCACUGCUCGAGCUGGUCAGGGUUGUGAAGGCGGAAGAACAAGUGGUUGCAGGUACACUGCAUCAUCUUACACUCGAAGUGGUUGAGGCUGGGAAGAAGAAACUUUAUGAGGCGAAAGUGUGGGUAAAACCCUGGAUGGACUUUAAGGAACUACAAGAAUUCAAGCAUGUUGGAGAUGUUCCUUCCUUUACUUCCUCGGAUCUGGGUGUUAAGAAAGAUGAUCAAGUCUCGAGGUGGCGUUCUGUUCCAGUGCAUGAUCCUGUUGUUCAAGAUGCUGCUCAUCAUGCUGUUACAACCAUUCAGCAGAGAUCUAACUCUUUAUUUCCCUAUGAACUUAGUGAGGUUAUCCACGCGAAUGCAGAGGUUGUUGAAGCAUCUGCCAAGUUCGAUAUGCUUCUCAAGGUCAAGAGAGGAGGUAAAGAAGAGAAGUUCAAGGUCGAAGUGUAUAGGAAUGAGGAAGGUGGUUUCCAUUUAAACAAAAUGGAUAAUACUAAUGAAGGUUAA